AUGGCACCCCCUCCGCCCGCCAACGUCCCUCUCACCCAGAGGCUUCUGCUCCUCGCCCAAACCCUGCAAUUCGCUUGGUUUGCCGGACACUUGACCCUGAUCAUGUCCGUUAUCCGCUACUCUCUCUCCUACGUUACCUUCAACUACUACAGCCGUGUCGCCCGUUGGAGUUAUCGACUCACUUUCCUCUCGGCCGCCCUCACAUACGGCAUUGUCGUCUACAAGACUCUGAGAGCCCGUAGCAAGGCUGGAGCCAAGGCCCCUCAGAGCCCGCUGGCUCUCGCCGCCGACGAGAAUGUCCAAUACCUCUGCAUGUCCCUGGUCUGGCUCCUCUCUCCCCAGUACCCUCUGGCCAUGCUCCCCUACGCCAUCUACUCCGUCUUCCACGUCGCUACUUACACGCGCGCCAAUGUGAUUCCCACAAUCACUCCCCCCAAGCCCAUCGCUCCGGCCGCUGGCGCUUCUCCCGGCGGAAAGCCUCAGUACGCACACAACCCUAUUGCCGACAAGAUUGGCGCCUUCGUCAAGGAGUACUACGACGCCUCCAUGUCUGUCGUUUCCUCCCUUGAGAUCCUUCUCUGGGUUCGCCUUCUUCUGUCUGCCAUCACCUUCCAGCGCCGCUCGUGGAUCCUGAUUGCUAUCUACACUGCCUUCAUCCGCGCUCGUUUCACCCAGAGCACUCACGUUCAGAACUCUCUGGCCAUGUUCGAGUCCCGCGUCGACUCGGCUGUCGGCAACCAGGGCACUCCUCCUGCUGCCCGCCAGGCUUGGGAGGCUGUCAAGGGAGGCGCGCGCCAGUUCUACGCCUACACCGACCCUAACCGCUACCUCAGCGGCACCGCCGUCCCCAAGAAGACGUCGUAA